GUCCUGCCUUUCGAUCUUCGUUGUUUGUGUUAUUAUGAGUCUUAUGUUAAGGUUACUGCGGCCAGCAGUGAGGGCGCCAUGGAGAGUCACAAGGGCGCAGCGUUGGAGAGGGUACGCGACGGUGGAAGUGCCUGCGUCGAAGCUCAGCUUCGGCCAGCCGCUGCAUGAGACUCACCCUCACCUGCUGAAGCCUGGGGAAAUCACACCCAACAUCACCGCCCUCGAGUACUACAAUCGUCGCCAAAAGCUUGCUGAACAGCUUCCACCAAACUCGAUCGCCAUCAUUGCCGGUUCAGACCUGAAGUAUGCCUCUGGUGCAGUCUUCUACAAAUUCCACCAGGAUCCUGACUUCCUCUACCUGACCGGCUUUAAGGAACCAGACGCACUUGCGAUUAUCGAGAAGCAAGAGGACGACGAUCACAUCUUCCACCUCUACGUUCGCCCAAAGGAUGUCAAGGCCGAAAUAUGGGAAGGCGCACGUUCAGGUGUAGAAGCUGCUGAGGAUGUCUUCAAUGCUGAUGUCGCCGGCGAUAUCAACAACUUGCCUCGAAUCCUCGCCGGAAUCAUCACACGAUCGAAGAACAUCUACACCGACCUGCCCAGCAGCCGCAUAUCGAAGAACAUAUUAUCGCGAUUCUUGUCAGGUUCCGAGCCAGCACGGAUAGGAGGCAUUCAGAAGGUCUUCCGUGAUGCACGAGACGAGAACGAGAUCUCGAUGAAGCCCCUGCGACCACUGCUGAACGAAUUGAGGGUCAUCAAGAGCGAUGCAGAGAUCCAGAACAUGCGAAGAGCGGGGCAACAUUCUGGACGCGCCAUCACAGACGCCAUGCGCCAGUCCUUCACGACUGAGAAGGACCUCGACUCCUUCCUCGACUAUUGGUUCAAGCAGGACGACUGCGACGGCCCAGCGUACGUCCCGGUUGUCGCAGGCGGCAUCAAUGCCAACACUAUCCAUUACGUAUCGAACGACAUGCAGUUGAACCCCAACGACCUCGUCUUGGUAGAUGCCGGCGCACAGUAUGGCAGCUACGUCACAGACAUUACCCGCACAUGGCCUGUUUCUGGCAAGUUCACACCAGCGCAGCGCGACCUCUACACUCUCCUCCUGAACGUACAACGGUCUUGCGUCGCCCUAUGCCGUGUCUCUGCACAGCUAUCGCUCGACAAGCUACACAACAUCGCAGCCAACCAGCUCCGUGACGGCCUCAAGGAUCUCGGUUUUGACAUUUCGAACGACGCUAUUCACAAGCUGUUUCCACACCACGUUGGCCACUACCUCGGUCUUGACGUUCACGAUAGUCCAGGCUUGACAAGAACUAGAUAUCUUGAGAAGAACAUGGUUGUCACAGUCGAGCCUGGGAUAUACGUACCUGAUGAUGAGAGGUGGCCGAAGUGGGCGAGAGGCAUUGGCAUGAGGAUCGAAGACAGCGUUUGUGUGGAUGAGGAGAGCCCCUUUGUGCUGACAACAGAAGCUGUAAAAGAGAUCGUGGACAUCGAAGCACUGAAGGGAACCGAGACGAACAUAUAGAACCCUGAAGCAGUCCAAGAGCUGCUAUGUAGCAUACCAUCAAGUACAACAAGAACAUCGACUAAUUGUAUUCACGAUCCGACACGGCCGACGACCAGAUUGCACGCGGCGUCC